GUCUCGAGAUGCGUGAUGGUCCUCAGUUAUUGAACUUCCUAUAAAAAUAUGGGAAACUCAGUUUCUGUGUCUCCACCAUCACCCUACGCGUACGAGGUUCCCGACUCGGCUAUUCCGGGUAAGAGCGGACCAAUCUACAGAAAUGUAGAUGCCGCUGAGGGUAACCUCAGUGUCAUUGACGGUGACGAGUCGUUGGAUUCCAGCUUCGCCAUUUUCCGCAAGGCCGCUGAGAAGUAUGCCGAUCAGCCCUGCCACGGGACUCGUCCUAGAUUGGAUGAUGGUUCGGUUGGCCCUUACGAAUGGCAGACUUAUAAAGAGGUUUAUGAUCGAAUACUCAAUUUCGGUAGAGGAUUGGAGCAUCUCAAUCUACUAUCCAAAUCUGGGGAUGGCUCGAUGAGAGUAAUCGGUAUCUACAUGAAGAACAGAUCCGAAUGGAUCAUCGCUGAGCAAGGAGCAUUCACUAGGAGGGCUACGACGGUACCCCUUUAUGAUACCCUCGGCGAGGAUGUCGUCGACUACAUCGUGAAUCAAGUGGUACUGGAGACAGUAGUCUGUACCGCCUCGCAGAUCCCUCGCCUUGUGGCUUGCAAGGCUGAGUGCCCCUCUCUGACCAACAUCAUCUGUGUCGAUCCUGAGGCAUGCUCAGAAUCAGUGACUACUGCUAUGACCGAGGCCGGGCUAAAGUUGCAUAGCUUCAUUGAUGUCGAGAACACAGGAAGCAAAUUUGAUGAUGAACCCCUAGAGGGUGAUCCCACCGAUAUCGCUACCUUUUGUUAUACCAGUGGUACCACUGGUGAUCCCAAAGGUGCCCUGAACUCUCAUGGCAAUAUAGUGGCCAAUGUGAGUUCUUUCAUAGUCUUUUUGGGUACUAAGACUCCCAUCAUGGAUAUAAGAGGCUCUCAACAAUACUAUCUCAGCUACUUGCCGCUGCCACACAUUAUGGAGAGGUUGAUCAGUAUAAGUCUAGUUCAUCUUGGAGUUGCGGUUGGCUUUUAUCAAGGAGAGCCUUUGAAGAUUAUGGAGGAUAUCGCUGCGCUCAGACCGACCAUUUUCGUGUCGGUGCCAAGGUUGCUGAAUCGUCUUUACGACAAGAUCACACUCGGUGCUCGUGCUGCUGGUGGAAUCAAGUCCUAUCUUUUCGAGCAUGCAAUGGCUGCUAAGAAAGCUAGAUUAGAACAAGGGAUAUUGAAGCAUCCUCUAUGGGACAAAUUGGUCUUCGAUAAGAUUAAGGCGAGGAUAGGUUUGGACAGAGUUCAGUUGGUUGCCAGUGGGAGUGCUCCUCUUGCUACUCAUGUUAUGGACUUUUUAAGGGUAUUUUUUGGCUGCGCUGUGGCCGAGGGUUAUGGACAAACAGAGUGCACCUGCCUUGCUACCUAUUCGCAUCCUCACGACUUCACUACGGGUCAUGUUGGACAACCAGUUUGCUGUAUGGAUAUCAAGCUUUUUGAUGUGCCAGAGAUGGGGUACCUAUCUACGGACACUCAGCAUGGUAGUGGUGAUGCCGCGAUCGAAUGCAAGGGACGGGGAGAGAUCUGCUUUAGAGGUCCUUCAGUUUUCCAAGGAUACUACAAGAUGCCUGAUAAAACUGAGGAGGCCAUUGAUGAGGACGGAUGGCUUCAUAGUGGGGAUGUUGGUCUGUGGCUCACCACUGGUCGGCUGAAGAUCAUCGAUAGGAAGAAGAGCAUCUUCAAGCUGAGUCAGGGAGAGUAUGUUUCCGCCGAGCGCGUUGAGAACGUGAUCACCCAGUCUCGCUUGAUUGCUCAAGCCUUCGUUUUUGGCAACAGUUUCCACUCCUGUCUGGUCGCUGUGAUCGUUCCGGACUUCGAGAUGCUUGAAAGUAUCCCUGGCAUACAGGCAGGGAAGACUGAUCCUGCCAGCCUUUGCAAGAACGAGCAAGUUAAUAAGGCUAUUCUGGACAGUGUUCGAGAGUACUCAAUCGCAGAGAGACUCCGAGGAUUUGAAAUGGUCAAGGCAAUCCAUCUUAUUCCCGAACCUUUCACCGUCGAGAACGACCUUCUCACACCUUCGUUCAAGCUCAAACGCAACGUUGCCAGCGCCAGGUUCCAAAAAGAGGUUGAUGACAUGUACAUCGGAAUCGGUGACAAGGUUGGUGGUAAGCAGAAUCUGCGCCAGACUGAUUGACGGCAAGUCUGUUGAAGACGAUCGCGUAUUUUUGAAACAACUUUUGAAUGGGGAAUCAAGUCCCCA